UAGAUUGAAGAUGUAAAUGGUUGUUGAGGCCUCUUCUUUAAGCUGGGCUACCAGAAUAAAGGGCUUCAUCACAUGUUUUGCUGCUGGAAUUGUCUGCUCGCUGCUGGGAACUCUCCUGCUCUGGGUGCCCAGGAAGGGACUAUACCUCUUCGCAGUGUUUUAUACCUUGGGUAACAUCGCAUCAAUUGGAAGCACUGUCUUCCUCAUGGGGCCGAUGAAGCAGCUGAAGCGAAUGUUCGAGCCCACACGUCUGAUUGCAACUGUCAUGGUGCUGUUGUGUUUUGUACUUACCCUGUGUUCUGCCUUCUGGUGGCGCAACAAGGGGCUCGCGCUCAUCUUCUGCAUCUUGCAGGCCUUGGCCCUGACGUGGUAUAGCCUUUCCUUCAUACCCUUUGCAAGGGAUGCUGUGAAGAAGUGUUUUGCUGUCUGUCUUGCAUAGCACACGGUCAGUUGUGCAAGGCUGUGGAAGGCGCCGUGGACGGAAGCUGGUGGACAGUUUUGUAAAUACCUUCUAAACCUCUGUCUUACAGACGCGUGCCUUUUCUCUUGCAGCAAUGUGUUCCUUGUGAUCUGAACGUCUGAGGGCUGCUUUGGGAGGCAGUGUUGUGUUUCCAAACCCAAAUGUCUAUAGCACAGUACGAGAGGUGGGUUCUGUAUUUUAUGGGGUAGGCUAUUCCUCAUGCACCUGUUUCCUCUUUAGAUGGUGUCCCCCGAAAUCUCCUAAAUAAAGACCUUGUUAAGCAGCCGCAGGGCAGCCUCGGGAGCCAGUGCUGCCCAGGUGACGACAGGCGGCCCCAUCAGCUGGCAGGGGUAUGGCCAUAAGGGUCAGAGUUUUGGGGUCAACGGGGACUUUGUGGACUUGCCAUCAGCAUGGAGACCACUACCCCUUGCCUCAGCCAGCGUGGACCUGCUUCUGCUCUGGGGUCUGCCCCCCGACAGCUGCACACAAGCCCGUGGAGAGCCUGGUCGUGGAGUGACGUGGAAAAGGAGCACUGUUUGGUGAUAUGUGUUGUUUUUAAAUCUGAACGUUGGCUUUGUUGUUCUUCUGACUGCACACCUGACGAUGGAAUGGAUCUUCUGACACUCAGUGCACACUCUUGUCUUGGGGUUUUCUUUCUUUCUCCCUCUCCACGUAGCUUUUCUCAUGACUUCCUGGAACUAGACUGGGAACAGGGUGUUGACAGAACAGACACGGUUUGCUUUUGCGCAAGACCUGACAGGAGGUGAAAAGUAUUGCUUUCUACUCUAUUUUUUUUUCUUCAUUAUUUAAAUGUUGCUUUUAAACUGAUUCUAUUUUCCUUUCUCCCCUGGAACGGGGCCAGGGGGGAGUGGGUAGGAAGACAGAGCCCCACUGUGGGGCCCGCAGGAAGGAGGCCUGCCUGCCUGGUGACCUUUAAACAGUGUUUGCCCUUGAGCCCGAGCUGCAGACACUGAGGCCGGACGUGGUGGACAGUAGGGAAGUUCCAUCACACCCCCGUCUCACCACACACGGUGCUGUGUGCCCAGGACCCUGUCUGGUCCUCACGAGAGCCUUGUGACGAAGCGGUGAUGGUUGUCUCCCUGGGCAGUCAAAGGACAUCAGGCCCAGAGAGGUUAGCAGAUUCCCCCAAAGCCACGGUUGGUGCAGAACUAGGUCCAGAGCUGGGGCACCCCAGCUUCAGUCCCCUCUGUGCCCCUGUGUUUCCCAGGGUGGCUCUGGGGGCGCCGCUUCUAACUGUUCUGCUUGUUCACAUCAGCCAAGCCUGUACCUUUUCUGGCCCCAGUCUCUCUAUAUCACUGCACUGUCUCCUGAGCAGUUUCCCUUUUGGGGUGCUUCCUGCUGGUUCUGUAGGAUCUCCGUCGUUCGUUUGUGUGCCCUUGUAGCUCGUCCUUGCUGCCUGACCAGCAUAAAUGCCCUGUCUUGAUUGCCAGAGGUCUUGGCAUUGCGGGGCCUCUCAAGCAAGCCCACAAGUGAAAUCUCUCUGGGGUUGCCUUUCUGUUCUUUCCCCAGGUUUAGCUGGUGCACUUGGGUUCUUGCGUGGAACCUCCAGACCAGAGGCUGUGGUCCACGUGUCAUCUCCUUGCUUGUGGCCAACUGCUAAAUGCUUUCUCCUGUUGCAGCUGAGACCUUGCACCGGCUAGCCUUUUCCUCUGAGCGGGGGGAGCAGUGAGCAGGUCCGAUAAGGCCACAGUGAGGAGGCAGUGUCACCGGGUCCUCUCUAGGUUACGGAGGGCACCCAGGCUUAUCCUGAGGUUCCUAAUCUGCCUUCAGCCAGGAAGGAAAUUAUGUGCUACCCUCUAGGUUGUGCGGAGUUCUUUCACAUUUGAGGCGCCCCUAGGAGAUAGCUCAGAAUUAGAAGCGCUCUAGGAAGGGGCCCAGAGGAGGUCAGGAGUGUCCAUCGUUUCCUCUCUUAAGAGCUGAUGUGAGGCUAGCCUGUCUCUACGAGCUCCAGCCAACCUGGAGUAACUAGAAGGCUGGCCCUUUGCCAUGUGUGGACUUGACUUCAUGGGACAUGAGGUCGGGGUGCCUUUUGAGAUGUCAACAGGGCUGUGUGGCAUAGUCCUGGAUGUGGGCUUCGACGGCACACGGUUCUGGGUGUGAGCUGUGGCUCGGUCACACACUGGUGUCAGGUUGAACAAGCUACUUAAGCUCUGGCUGCGCCGUCUAAAAACAACAGAGAUAGCAGUUCCUGCUGGAUCAUUGUCCAUGGGUGAGCUGUGUGUCAGGUGCAUAGGUUGGAGCCCAGUGCACGUAGGUGAUACUCAGUAAAAGGAAGGCAUUAUUCCUAGGUCCCAGCAGUAACCGAUGACCUUUUAAGGUGGCAGGUGAAUGUUUCUGACCAUUAACUUCUCUAAAAAGUAUGUAUCUGGCAUUAUGUGUCCAGCACAGCGGAGUGGCCAGAUCAUGGUCUCCACGGUGACUUUGCCGGUGGUCAUCCUGUUUCCUUUGCUGAAGAGAAGGCACAGCCUCAGAGAGGGUAGGGGUCCCUCCAGAUCUCACCAGUAGAGGGCGGUGGUUCUCACGUUAAAGUGCCCGCUUUGUCCUAACAUGGGGCCUCUGGCCAGUUUGCACAGACAGCUCCAGGCAGGACACUGAGAGCAGCUUUUGGAUGAUCCUGCCGUUCAGAACCUUCCGGACUUGUGCAUUUCCCCUCUGCCACCUCACCCUUUGCUUUUCUGUACUUGUUUUUGCCUGCCACACGUUGGGAGGAAGAAAUCCAUGUUAAAUCCGCUGGAAGCUGUUACCAGGCAACAGCCCUGGUUGCAAGGACCCUUGUGGGCAAGAGAGUGGGGGGUUAGGGUUCAGACCCUGCGGCUGGCAGGCUGGCAGUGGUCUUGGUUUCCUGCAGCCCCCUCCUGCUGCCUGUUCACUGCUGGGGAAAGGAGAGGUCGUUGCAUUUUUGCAUUUUUGGAAUGAAGGGAAUCAUUCAGGCGACUCUUGCACUGCAGUGUGCUCUCUGGAGGUGAGGGGGUGCCCCCAACUGCAUGUGAGCAGUGCCCCAAGCACUCUUCCCUCUGUGGGUGCCGUGUUGGGCCCUGCGCUACUCCCCAGGCCCAGACAGCCGUCUCCCGGCCCUCAGAGCCUGCUGUGUGACUCCCUGCCGCCCAUCUCACUACCUAGGAGGUUCCCCUUCUGCCGACUGUGCUCACGGGCAACUCUGGCUUCCAGAUCCUGUGUGCGGCCCUGCCCCUGGCCGCUGCUGCCCAGGCCCCCCUGGAGGUUUGCUGGGAAGGUGGGACACCAUCUCCCGUGGAGCAUUUCCACUGGGUUGAUGAUCUCAGCGCUCCAUGAUUCUUGUAUGGGGACUUUGAUGUCCCCCGACUAUCACCUCCUUCCCACCCUAAUCAGGGUGUGCUCAGGGAGCAGGAAGUAAAAUUAUGAAGUGCAUCUAAAUAAAUUUCUUUUGGAUACUUGCAUUGGGAAAGAUGAUAAAGAAGUGGGGUAUACUUAUGAAAAAUGGCUGUGGGAGAUACUGGUUUGGCUGCUUCCGCUUUUGACAGCUCCAGGAGACUGACCAGUGUGGCAGUGUAACACUUGGGGGAGUGAGUUAGGAAACUGAACUCAGCCCGUGGCUAUGCAUUCCCUUUUCUGUGGGGCAGCCCACACCAGGCCUGCCUUACCUUCUCUUCCCUCAGACAUCUGACUGGAGUCAGCUGCGGGAUUACAACCUAGUUAAAAAUGCACAACCCAUUCUUGGCCUUCAUUUUCAGCAAAUAAAUGGGGAAAAAAAAUCCACGUUUGCUCAAUUUUUGGUGUAGUUUUUUUAUUUUAAAAUUUAAGAUUUUGGGGGGGAUGUUUUAAGGGGUGCUGUAGUUUUUUGCAGAUAGCAGUUUUUAAAAAGCUAAUAGAGCUGCAACUGAAGUUAAAUACAGAUUUAUAUCUGAAAUUCUUGAUAAGAUAUUAACAAAAGAAUUUAGAUUUAGAAUUUUUGAUUUUUUGGAAAUUCUUAUUUCAACAGUUGGGAAGUUAAAUCAUGUGACUUUAAAGUACCUUCUAAUUCAUAGUUUAUGAAUUUUUUGAAAUUCUGAGGUCUUCAGCAUUUUCAGUCAAGUAAAGAGAAAAAGUGUUGUGCAGUUUAUUUGAUCCCAGUUCCCUCAAGAUAGGCUGUUUCGUUCCAUUUUGGGCUAUUUCCAGUUCUACCCCAAAGGCAUAGGUGACACUCCGAAGUCCCUGGUACACCUAAGCUUUGUUGUGGGUUGCUCGGGUUUCUGUUGCAAGGAAAGGCCUCAGGAACCUCGGGUGGAGAUCUCACACUGGAGCUUGUGAGCAGAGCCCAGCGAGGCAAACGGCAGCAGCCCAGCCUUUGCGAACUACAUUGACCACGUACAAUUCCAUUCUUCCUAACAGGAACCCAUAGGCUGAUAAUGGGCUUAGAAACGCACAGAACGUGUUCUCUGGGUGGGGUGAGCCGAAAGCAGAGGCUGUUGAGUUUGUAGGCAGGGGCUGUAUUGUCGUCUUGGGGACCACACAUGGCUAUUUGAAAUGAAGUGUCAGUCCACAGCGUUGUAACAGCUCAUGCUGAGGUUUGUGUUUACAACAAGCUAACAUUACUACGUGUAAUAAAUAGUACGAAAAACCCAAUAUAUCACAGACAUUCCCUGAUACAAGCGGGCUGCCUGGGCCUCACGUCCUUGUGAGGUAUCCUAACGACCAAAGGAAGACUGGUUCCUGGACAGAGUGCUGUUCUCUGUCGAACUUCCAUACUGCCGGUAAUGAGCCUUAUUCUAAGCACAAGCGAAUCUUGUGUUUGUAAAAUAUCCUAGAGAAGAAGCAUAGUUUGCAUUCAGUUUUGUGGUCUUUCUGCUAUGAGAAGUGUUUAUUUUGCCUUUUUCAUUAUGUUUGCUUGACGUAGCCUCUUUGAACAAGGAAAGGAAAAAUGUGAAAUCCUCUCAACUCUGUUCUGCUGCUGCUUUUGUAAAUUCUGAUUGUGAAGUUGGGGAUAAAGCUGUUCAAAAGCCCAUGGAGAAUUUACAUGCCUUCAGAACAUUGUGCCUGUUCUAAUAUGAUGAGCUUUUAAAACACUUUGUUAAAACAUGAUCAAUUUUUGUAAUUGUAUAGAGAUAUUCAGCUAAUUUUGAAUGCUGGUGAUUGCAUAACUGAGUUUUUUAUAGCCAAAAAUAUAUUCUUGUGUGCUCCUUUUCCUACCUUGAGAUUCUAUUUCAUACAACAAAUGUUUUCUUUUUACUGAUGCAUUUCAAAGAGAAAGAAUUUUGCUGGCAAUUAAGCUGUUUUUUCCCCCAAGACAUCAUAAAAUUGUUCUUAAUUUUUCCUGUUUUGCUUUUUGUUUCCUUUUCCAAUAAAUGAUAGAAUUAUGAUCUUUAA